AUGGCAGCUAUGGACAGUGCUUUCGAGAAGCCAACGCGGGAGUUACCUGACGUGGCCUGCAACUCAGAGGGGCCCGGGGUAGCUGCCGACGUUCCUUCCACGUCCGUCUUGGCCAGCCAAGCAGGCGUGACUACAAGGCUUGUGGCAAGAUGCAACCGGGCACGCAAGUGGGCCGAUUCUGACAGCGAGGAUGAUGGCAACAGCGAGAUUGACAAAAUCUGCAAGAGUUUCAACAAGCUUCCUGCACUGCCAAGUCGGUAUACCUGUGGUGAAAGCAUCAAUUUGAGGCUUUCUGCGCUGGCUGGCGAGGUGCUUACCAUUGAGAGUGUUGAUCAUACGCUGGUAGCAUCUAUGCUGCACAAGAUCAGAGUGAAGAUGGGGAUCCCGCAUGAACCGCAAAACACAUGGGGCACUUGGUUUGGUCAUACUCCGAUGCCGAAGUGGCUGCGGCUCUUCAAGGGACCUGAGGAGCUCCAGGGCACCGAGACUGCCAAAGAAGUCUCAGACCAGAAUAUCACUGUUCUCCGGAUCCCCCUGCCCGACGGCGCCGAGCAGCAGAUCAUCGUAUCGAGAGUUUCAAGGGGCCAGGAUCCUGACGCCGUCUUCGAAGAGAUGUGCACAGAACAGACCAGAAGGCUACUUCAGAUAUCUCGCGACUUCAGGGUUUUUGGCCAUCCAAACUCCCCUUACCAGGCCACUGCCAGGCUUUGCCUCAUCGAGCCUAACCCCGAGGCCAGACCUCCGGACUGCCCCUUUUGCAGCAGGAGCCCCUGCAGGCAUGGUGUCAGAUGCACAGGCAAAAACUUCUCCUGCAGCUUUUGCCAUAGGGCUUUGGGAGGUUCCUGUGAUAUCUGUCCUGCGGAUUGGCAGCGGCAUGGCAGUCUGCUUCGCCAGAUUGAUUGGGAGGGCCGCUGA